UGCGGCAUGGGGGGGCUGCUCGGCCUCGGGCUCUGCUUCGCUCUGUGCUGCGGCAUCGCGGCCGGAUCCGCAGUGCCAGCCCAGCUGCGCAGCGGCCGUUCGCGUUGUGCCGGGCACCUGGAGCUGCUCUUUGCCGGCACCUGGGGCUCUGUCUGCGCCGAGGGCUGGGACGGGGCAGCUGCCCGGGUGCUGUGCCGCCAGCUGGGCUGUGGUCGCCCGCGCCUUGUCCCGGCACCCUGCGGCCCCGUGGCAGACGGUGCUUCCCCGGUGGUGCUGCAGCAGGUGCAGUGCACCGGGCAGGAGUCGGCCCUGGAGCAGUGCGUCCUCCAGCCGGGGCACCCAUCGUCCUGCCCCACGGACCGGGUGGUCGCCAUCGAGUGUGAGGAGCCUUUCCAGCUGCGGUUGGUGGGUGGCCCCGGGCACUGCGCUGGGCGGUUGGAGGUGAACCGCGCUGGGCAGUGGGGCACGGUCUGUGAUGAUGGCUGGAGCCAGACCAACGCGGCGGUGGUUUGCCGGGAGCUGGGCUGCGGGGCAGCGGGGACAGUUGGUGACCUCCCCCAGGGACGGCCCCACUUCGGCCCCGGCACUGGGCGCAUCUGGCUGGAUGAUGUCCACUGCCGGGGUCAGGAGGGGUCCCUGCAGGAUUGCGCCCACCGCACCUGGGGACGCCAUGACUGCACCCACCAGGAGGACGUCGGCGUGGUCUGCCAGGAUACCUGAGCCCUGCAGCUCUGCGCCUGCACCAUCCCCAAUCGCAGAAGCCACCAUGUCCCCCUGUGCAGCAUCCCUCCUGCAUCCCUCCCUGGGGCAUCCCCCGGCCCCACGGGGAACCCCAUGCACAACACCCCACAGGAGGCUGCGGGUGGCAGCAGGGGGUCCUGCCCCAGCCCCUCGGCCCCCUCCCCACUCAUUAAAUGUGGAGAACUGAG